AUGGCUACAGUUGCCGCAUCUUCAACAGAAGAAAUUCAACCAAAAUCACCAGCUAUUUCAUUUAUUAAUUUACAAAAAGGAAAACCUUUGCUAAUAGCAAAUGAAUAUAUUUUCAAAUCAAAUAAAACAACAACUACUACUAAUUAUUGGAAAUUUGCAUGUAAUGGUUGUUCUUCUAAAAUUCAUACAGAUUUGAAUGGUAAAUUAACUAAAAUAAUUGAUGAGCAUACUCAAUCUCCAGAGAAAGAAAAUAUUGAAGUUAGGGAAUUUCGUGAAAAAUUUUAA